ACCAUACCUCAUGGCCUUAUGAGAAAAUUAGUAAAUCUACACAAAUCUACUUCUUCCCCAACCCCAAAUUAGAGGUAUCACGUUCAAAAGAUCACAUCUCUCCCUCUCUCAACCGGCCGCCAUUGUUGCUUAGCCAUCAUCACGUCGGUCGUUGCUACUCACAACAUUCUGAUUUGUCAAUCGCCGAUCACAUUCCUCAUUCCUUAGAUCACUUACGCCAUUAUCGAUCGGAGCUCCUCUCACUCUCAUUUGCUUUGUCGUUCGAUUCCUGCUCUGUCAACUAGUAGAUUUUUCUUGAUCGUCAAAUGGCUGAUGAUAUACUUAGGAAUCCAUCAACUUAUGAAAAGGGAGGUGUGUAUUACUACUCUGAACGAGGGGAUCGAUUGAUUGACCUAAAUGCAUUUCGUGACACCCUUUGGCAGAAGUCCAAUUUUGAGAAUCCACAGCUAAGUACUUUUGGGAGUGAAGCUGAAGUUGACGAAGUAAGAAAUACUAUUCAGCAGCUUCUCAGAUGGGCAUGGAAACACAACAACAACCUUGACGAACAAGCUGCUCAACUCCAUAUGUUAACUGGAUGGGCACAAAUUGUUGAGAUUUCAGCUUCAAGAAAGUUAUCCUCAAUGGAAAAUCGAUCAGAAAUAUUAUUUCAGUUGCUUGAUGCAUCUUUAAAUGCUUCUAGCUCUCCAGAUUGUUCGUUAAAGAUGGCAGGAAUGUUAACUCAGGUUUCAAUUACAUGCAUGGCUAAACUACGGGAUGAGAGGUUUAUUAACCCAUGUGUGUUGAACUCGGAUACUGUGACAUGUCUUGAUGUUAUCAUGACAAGGCGAAUGUCAAAUGGUGCAUGUCACUCUAUCCUAUAUAAGAUUAUGAUGGCAAUUCUGAAACAUGACACAUCAGAAGCAUUGAGGAGAAGGCAAUACACUUUGCUUUUAAGCUACUUCCAAUAUUGUCAACACAUAUUGGAUCCAGAUGUUCCUACUAUUGUUCUUCAAUCUUUGUUAGUGGAAGAACAAGAAAGUGGAGAUUUGGAUCUUGAAAAGGAUCAGGCUGAGCUGGCACGUGCAAACUUAUCCAUCCUAAGAAAAGAAGCUCAAUCAAUUCUAGAUUUGGCCAUAAAAGAUGCAACUCAAGGCAGUGAGUCAGGAAAAAUAAUGGCUUUCUUUGUUUUGGAUGCAUUAAUAUGCAUUGAUCAAGCAAAGUUUGAACAACUUGCACAAGCAAUGAAUGUCAUUAACAGAUUGAGUGAACAGGUCAAAACUUUUAUUAAUCAAUGAUAGAAUAUUAUGUAUCGAAUAACGUUUUACGUUAAAUUUGUAGCGACUUUUAAUUUUGAAAUAUGUAUAUUUUGAUGUAUUGGAUAUUUCUUUUAGUUUCUAUAGAAAUGCUUUGUUAUUUUUGGUUUUA